GUUGAAAAUGGAGGUUGAUGAAUUGGAGGGAGGAUUCCUCCAACAGUUCUCCAGCAUGCAGACAGUUGACAGGUUCUACCUGGAGAUGAACCAGUGGAACGUCCAGGCUGCAGUUUGCUCAUAUUUUGACCUGGAGACUGCAAACUCAAGACUUCCAGGAAUGCUGUUUAUGCGUGAUAUUACUGUCGGAGAGGGUGAGAGUAUUCCUCCCUCUACACAGUUUACCAAAACCUGGAGAGUUCAGAAUCCUGGACCAGACAUUUGGCCGCUGGGCUGUGUUCUAAGAUACACAGAUGGAGCAGUGCUUUCAAACCUUGACCGCGUAAAUGUGGAACAAGUAGAACCUUACAAAUCUACAGAUAUAUCAGUGAUAAUGGAGUCCCCCAGGGAUCCUGGUAUAUACCAGAGUAAAUGGAGAAUGUCAACUUUGACGGGAAAUUUUUUUGGGGAUACCAUCUGGGUGAUUUUAACAGUAGAGCCGAGUGGAACACUGUCAAUCACACAACAGUUUAAUAACCUCUCUCAGCUAGGUUCCCCGAUUAACUCUGAAUCUGUGACCUUGAAUCCUUUUGGCUAAAUUCCCUGAUAGUUCUUCAGUACCUUAGGGCCCAGUUUAUGUACCCUCAUGAGUACAGUUAUAGGCGAUUAUAUAUCAAAACAACGAUGACAACUUUUAACGAAAGUUUUGAUGUUAACAAGUUAUUUUUU